AUGGUGCCUGCAAUCUAUGUCAGUUGUGCUGAGAUGAUUAACAAAUGGGAAGAAAUGUUAAAAAAGGAAAGGUCAUGCUGUGAAGUGGAUGUGUGGCCUUAUCUUCAAACGUUAUCCAGUGAUGUUAUUUCACUGUUAGUCAUAGACGCUAUACAAUCACUCUACAUUCCUGGAUCGAGGUUUUUACCAACAAAAAACAAUAAUAGGAUAAAGAAAAUUGACCAAGAAGUGAAGGCUACGAUAAGGAGUAUCAUUGACAAGCGAAUAAUCGUAAUGAAAGCUGGAGAAAGGAGUAAAGAUGACUUGUUGGGCAUACUCUUGGAAUCAAAUUACAAAGAAAUUAAACAUGGGAAUAUGAAUUCUGGAUUAACUAUUGAUGAAGUGAUCGAUGAGUGUAAGCUUUUCUAUUUUGCUGGACAAGAGACCACCGGUAUCUUACUUGUUUGGACUAUGAUUUUGUUGGCUCAGCACACAAAUUGGCAAGAGCGUGCCAGAUAA